CACAACGUCAAAUCCAUGUUGCAUAUCUUGCUGACGCAAUCCACACGUGGCAAUGUACACGUUCCACUUUGACAGCUGCGCAAUUGUGAAAUUCAUUGUGAACGAGCGUUUGUUAGAAAUUUUGCGCUUUGCGAAUUUGCAUUUUUACUCAACAUAGAUCAAUUCAAAUUAGAAAAAUAUUUUUUUAAGAAAUGUGUGCUGCUAAAUUAGAGGAAGCGCUCAAAGAUUGUAUAAUAAAUUUCGACACUCGUGUGCUGCUAACGGAUUUAAUAAAUGAGUAUCACAUGCCAAUUGAAGAAAUUAGUUCUACGCUAACAAAGUAUUUGAAGCAACAGGAGAAGGAAGGCACUAAAUAUGAAAAGCGAUUUGUUAUCCAUGGUAUUGAAAAAGAAGAUGCCACUAAAGAGGUAUUUACUAUCGUGAAAGGUGAAACAAAGUUAAAGGAAUGGUUGAGUAAAUUGAAAGAUGCCGAGUCCUCACUUUACUCGGUUGAGAUUGCCGGUGGAGCAAAAGCGCCAGCGGAAGAUUUGAAACCAGUAACAUGGUGCGCUAUCAAGAUAGAAAAUUUGCAAACGCGUGUGAGUGGAGCUAAACAAUUCAAUGGAGAUGUAACAAAAUCAAACGCCAGUGCAUCUCUUAAGUUGGAAAGUAAAUCAGAUGUGAAACAGUCAAAAGGUUUGGCGAGCGCAUUUACCAAAACUAAACCUAGCAAUACUACCGAUAGUACAACUUCUACUAAUGCUAAAAAUAAAGAUGCUGGCACAUCUAAACCUAAAGCAGAAACUAAACCUAGUAGUAGCAACAACACUUCUAAACCUAAAGCAGUUGCAGCGGAAAAAACAUCGCCACAAGCUAAAGUAAAAAGCGAAAUUGAUGCUGGCAAAAAGACCUCACCGAAAACAAACGAACAGAAAAAACUUUCGCCAAAGGACAAAAAGGCCGCAGCGGCAGCAAGUGGUCAAAAAGGUAUUGGCAACUUUUUUGUGCCCAAGGGUAAAAAUGCGGCCGAAACUACAAGUAAAGCUGCUACCGGUGUUAUACGUCAAAAGUCUCCCCAAAAAUUGAAUGACUUCUUUAAAAAACAAACUGAUACCAAAGAAGCACUCAAAAAUGAGGAGAAAAAAGCCAAUACUUCCGCACAACUAUUCGACGAUGAUGACGAAGAUGAGGAGAAGGAGGACAAUAUGGCAGUAGAUGACGAAGCGGAACCAGUUGAAGUGCAUGUAGAAUCAUCAGAUGAGGAAGAAGAGAUUAAUAAAUUGCGACGCAAAGUGAUAGAAGCUGAGCGGGAAGAAGCAGCUACAAGCAGUCGAAAACGUUUACGCAUCGAAGACUCAGAUGAUGAAGAUAAUGAAGUGGAACAAGUGGACGAGCAACCACAGGCAAAACAAGGCAAAUUGGAUGAAGCAGUAGUAACCGAGAUAGAGGAUACACCGCUGAAAUCAGAAACAUACUUAGAUGAUGAUGGAUUUGUCAUAACAAUUAAAUCAAAAACGCGCGCAAAACCAGCAACAACAGCGGCAGCUGCACGUCAAAAGACACCCAAGAAGUCGAGCCCAAAGGAAAGUAAAUCAAAGCCAACGCCAACGCCAGCCGCCAAGACGAAGCAGGGAAACAUAAUGAAUUUCUUUAAAAAGAAGUAGUUGUUACGUAUUUAAUAAUUGUAUUAUGUAGUUUUUUUAUUUAAGAAUUUAAACUUUAUUGAAUAAAAUACGAGUUGUAUGCAUACAAACACUGUUAA